UGCAAUCCUCAAAUUAUAGUCCAAUGGUACAAACUACAAGCUGUGAACGUACAACUCAUUGCUGCAGAACAUAAUCCAAACGCAAGUUAACCUAAUCGAGAAAACCUCACCACCGCCACCAUGGCUUCGAAGCUUCUAGCCACCACUCUUCGCCGCUCUUUUCCCAAACCCACAUCAGCCUCCGCUGCUGCCACUACCCUCCUCCACCGUCACCCUCUCUCUACCGCUGCUGCUGCAAUCGAGCCCGUCGAAGAGGACGCAAAUGGAUUAACAAUGAAGGGCGUCAAAAUCUCCGGUCGACCACUAUAUCUCGACAUGCAGGCCACUUCUCCGGUGGACCCUAGGGUUCUUGACGCUAUGCUUCCUUAUUACGUCUCACGAUAUGGAAAUCCCCAUUCGCGGACCCACCUCUAUGGGUGGGAAUCCGAGAAUGCCGUGGAAGCGGGCCGGGCUCAAAUCGCGGCCCUCAUUAACGCCUCCCCGAAGGAAAUUAUAUUCACCUCUGGCGCUACUGAGUCGAAUAAUAUCUCGAUUAAGGGCGUUAUGCAUUUUUAUAAAGAUAAAAAGCGCCAUGUUAUAACUACCCAGACUGAGCAUAAGUGCGUAUUGGAUUCCUGCCGGCAUUUGCAGCAGGAGGGGUUUGAUGUGACUUAUCUGCCGGUUAAGGCUGACGGGCUUAUAGACUUGGAAAACCUGAGGGAGUCUAUCCGGCCUGAUACGGGUUUGAUUUCGGUAAUGAUGGUGAAUAAUGAGAUUGGUGUGAUUCAGCAGAUGGAGGAAAUUGGGAAAAUCUGUAAAGAGUUUAAUGUUCCUUUGCAUACUGAUGCUGCUCAGGCUCUGGGGAAGAUUCCAGUUGAUGUGGAUAAAAUGAAUAUAAGCUUGAUGUCGUUGAGUGGGCAUAAAAUUUAUGGGCCAAAGGGAAUUGGAGCGUUGUACAUGAGACGGAGGCCGAGGAUUCGGGUGGAGCCCCAAAUGAAUGGGGGUGGACAAGAGAGGGGAAUAAGGAGUGGGACAGUUCCUACGCCUUUGGCUGUUGGAUUUGGGGCGGCAUGUGAGCUGGCGAUGAAGGAGAUGGAGUAUGAUGAUAAGAGAAUUAAGGCUUUACAGGAGCGGUUGUUUAACGGGAUUAGGGAGAAAAUUGAUGGGGUAGUAGUGAAUGGAAGCACAGAGAGGAGGUAUUCAGGGAAUCUGAACUUGUCGUUUGCGUAUGUUGAAGGUGAGAGCUUGUUGAUGGGGUUGAAGGAGGUGGCAGUGUCGAGCGGGAGUGCAUGCACGAGUGCGAGUUUGGAGCCAUCAUAUGUGUUGAGGGCUUUGGGAGUGGAGGAGGACAUGGCACAUACCUCGAUUAGGUAUGGAAUAGGGAGGUUCACCACCGAGGAGGAGAUUGAUCGAGCAGUGGAAUUGACUGUUAAGCAGGUUGAAAAGUUAAGGGAAAUGAGCCCGCUUUAUGAGAUGGUGAAGGAAGGAAUUGAUAUUAAAAGUAUCCAAUGGAGUCAGCACUGACUUGUUUGGGAUGAGUGGAUUUGUGCUUGACGGAAAAUUGAGAUAAGCGCAUUGAGUUCGGAGGUGCUUAUUUUGCAUAUGGAGUUUUUGCAGGACGCUAUCCAGGUUUUAUUCGAGACUACUCUGUACUUUCUUUUGUUUGACAUGUAGUUGCACUAUGGUUAAGUUUCGUCGAGUAGAUGGAUGCUUUUGAUGUUCAUUACAUUCCAAUAAUGUACCAUAUAUACAGUCUCUUGCAAUAAACUUGGAAUAUUUAUCUUUAUGAUAGUGGAAUGAUAUUGUAGUAUGAUUUUGUCUC